AUGGCUGUGCCUACGAACACACCAGAGCCAGACUCGAAAGGCUCUAUGGCCAAGUGCUUGGUAUGGUUGCCCGAGUCUUCCAAUUAUCAGGACUCGGUCAUCACAUCUCCAAUUCAGGAAUAUGCUAUAUCGCCAUCAAUAGCACCCUGCGGCGCCAUUCCGCAGUUUGGGGAAGCCACCGCUCCACCUGCCGAGGUUACCAGCGCUAAACGGCCAGCUCCAUCCCCGUACAUUCCGCCCUUGGCCCAGCGUAUAAAGCAUAUGAACACUCUCACACGCCGGCACCUAUCCAGCAUAUCCGACACAAGAUUCCUUGGCCGCUUGACUUCUUCUACCAUGGAUCCUUCUGGAGCCGACAGAGGCUUUUUCCAGACGCCGCCGACGCUGCCGAAUCAGUUUCACGACGACAAUUCCCAUAAGCGAUGCUUCAAGCUGUUCUUGCCGAAGAGUGUGGCUUCCCAGACGCAGGAUGAGGCUGCAGCACUGGGGCAGGACGUCCUCUCCGACCAAGUUUUUACUUGGGUCUCGGAUGCGUACCGCAACUUACCCCAUAUUAAAGGAUCGGGUCGAUCAUCAUUUGGUCACCAAACGGGUGAGCUCGUCACUGGUGAAGGAUGGAGAGAACUUCAGAACAUGGGUAUAUCCAAAGGCAUCGUCGCGACGGGCUACGACACGCCGUAUGGUCCCUUCUCGAGGCCUCUGCAGUUCCUGCGAAUGCAUCUGUGGCAGCCGUCCUCUGCUGUCGUCACAUGCCCAUCCGCCAUGCAGGACGGCGCAGCGUGCCUCUUGCGCCGGCACCUCACCUCGCCGUCGCUCUCGGCGAAACUGACCCCCGAUGAGCGCCGCGUAUACGAGGACGCGUAUCGUCGACUGACGUCGCGCGAUCCGAAAGUUGCUUGGACGUCCGGUCAGUGGAUGACGGAGCGAACCGGCGGAAGCGACGUAUCUUUGACCGAAACUGUGGCCACGCUCCCGGCCAACCCGGAGUUUGGACUGGCUUCCCAGCAAGGCGACAUCCCCCUCGGACCGUGGAGCAUCAGCGGCUUCAAGUGGUUCUCCUCGGCGACGGACUCUAAAAUGACGGUGCUGCUCGCGCGCACGUCCGCCGGCGGCCUGUCUGCCUUUAUUGCGCCGAUGCGUCGCCACGACCCGCAUGCCACCACCAUGGCCGGCCAUACCGACCCCCAUGGCGAGAAGCUCAAUGGCGUGCGCAUCUCCCGCCUCAAGCACAAGUUUGGCACCCAGUCUCUUCCAACAGCGGAGCUUGUCCUGGAGGAUAUGCGAGGAUGGCUCGUGGGGGAGGAGGGCAAGGGGAUCCACGAGAUUGGCAACAUCUUGACCAUUACCCGCGUCUACUCGGCCGUGUCUGCCGUGUCAUACGUCGGGCGUGCGCUGGCCAUUGCCAAGGCGUUUGCCCGCGUGCGUGAGGUGGGAGCCGGAAACCGCGCGCGCGUGCGUCUGAUCCACAACCCUCUACACAUGCGUACACUAGCCAAGAUGACGGGCGAAUACCGCGGCCUCAUGAUGCUCAGCUUCUACUCGGCGUACAUUCUCGGCGUCUCUGAAUAUCCCAAUAGCGAGUAUGGCGACGUUGCGCCCGCGUUGAAGGCGCUCACGCCAAACGCGAACCUGGCGCUGCCUUUGAUCCGGGUUCUGAGUCAAAUCACAAAGGCGUACGUCUGUAAGCCGUGCGUCUCGCUCGUCUUUUCUUGCAUGGAGGCGCUGGGUGGCGUUGGGUACAUGGACAAUGAGGAGCAAGAGUACCUCAACGUCUCGAGAAUCUUUCGCGACGUUUCCGUGCUGCCAAUUUGGGAGGGCACGACGGACGUGCUCAGCACGGACACGAUCCGGGCUCUGAAGCACCCCAAGGCAGGCCAGCAGUGCCUUGCGGCGCUGGAUGAUGUCAUUCGAAAAGCAGCCGCAUUCUCUGGCAAGACCCGCGAGGGUUGGGAUGCUGUCAAAGAAUGGGAGUCGCUUCGCGCAAAAAUUGUGAAUACGGCUCAAGCAGAUCUCAUGGGCGAAGCUAGAGACCUAGUCUGGGCGCUGGGUGAUAUACUCGUCUCGCUUCUCCUCCAUGUUGAUGCGGCGAGUGAUGGAGACAUGGCGGCGCAGGAAAUUUUUGCGCGUUUCAUCGAGCAAAAAUAUCAUGGUGUUGAGAAGCGUAAGAGGCAAGACACAGCUGCUGAGCUUCGCAAGGAUGCGCUUAUUGUAUACGGGACCGACGACGCGGGAGCUGCGCCGCCGAAACUGUAA